AUGAUCGAGCGACAUAUUCUUCCCUUGACGCCAGAAGCAAUGCCCUUGCGCGUGGUCUUGAAUCUGUCGGGAACUCCAUGGAACAUGCUGUUGUAUGCCCAGACCCUAAAAGCCUUUCUCAGAUGCCUUGUAAUAACCAAAUUCCUCCAGGCAACCUAUGCACUGUUCAAGCUGGGCGCGAUCCUGGUUCCACUCAAUCCAUCAUUCAACGCGAUUCAAGUAGUUUCCGCCCUGGCUCAUUUAGAAGCCAGCCAUCUGAUAAUUAGCACCGAAUCAAACCUCCCCCGAAAGGACCCAAGGAGCAAUAUUCCACUCCUUAAACACCUGAUCCCGGACCUCUCCAAGACCCGCAUUGAGUCAGAAUUAGUUCCCUCACUGAAGAGCAUCAUCUCAGUCGACAACUCAUCUGGUCGCGUCAACACCUCCAGCUUUAAUUGUUUAACAGCCUACAACUCACUUACCUCCGACGCAACAUCCGACAAAAGCGCCCUACCACCUCGCAACCUAUCCCCAACCGACAUAGUCAACAUCCAAUUCACAUCCGGAACGACCGCAAUGCCUAAAGCAGCAUGUCUAAGUCAUCGAUCUAUUCUCAACAACGGUUCCCAAAUCGGCGACAGAAUGCGCCUUACCCCAGAGGACGUUGUAUGCUGUCCGCCCCCAUUAUUCCACUGCUUCGGAUCCGUACUAGGAUACAUGGCCACCGCCACCCACGGCGCAGCCAUUGCAUUCCCAACAGAAGCCUUCAACGCCAGAGCAGCCCUCCGAACCGUGCAAGAAGAAAAGUGCACUGCACUUUACGGCGUACCGACCAUGUUCCUCGAAGAGCUCAAUCUUCUAGACGAAGGAGAAAUCCCCAACGAAGGCUUCCAGUACCUACGUACAGGCAUCGCCGCCGGAAGUAGCAUACCCGCGGAGCUGAUGAAAAGACUACACAAAGUCCUAAACCUCACUGAGCUGACAAUCUGCUACGGAAUGACAGAGACCAGCCCCGUCUCUGCAAUGACCACAACAGACGAUCCCAUCGACAAACGGAUCAACACCGUCGGAAGACUACUGCCGCACGUUGAAGCAAAGGUUGUGAGCUUAGAUAAUCACAAUAAUAUUUUGCCCAUCAAUACUCGCGGCGAGUUAGCAGUGAGCGGAUACCUCCUGAUGAAAGAGUACUGGAACGACCCGGUGAAAACGGCAGAGGUCAUGAUUGCUGAUGAUGACGGGAAAGUUUGGAUGCAUACCGGCGACGAAGCCUCCAUGUCCCCAGACGGCUACAUCACCAUCACGGGCCGUGUAAAAGACCUCAUCAUCCGCGGCGGAGAGAACAUCCACCCAUUGGAAAUCGAGAAUUGUCUCUUGACGUACCCCGGCGUGAUCGAUGCCUCGGCCGUGGGCGUGCCCGAUGAGCGCUAUGGAGAGGCGGUGGCUGUGUUCAUUAUCCACCGGGAACCUGAGAGCGAAGCUGCGGAUGAGGAUAAGAUCCGGCAGUGGGUUCGUGAAAAGCUGAGUAACCAUCUAGUUCCAAAAUACGUCUUCUUCCUGCAACCAACAGAGUCGUUCCCCAAGACUGCAAGCGGCAAGGUGCAGAAGUUCAAGCUCCGGGAAGAUGCUCUUACGAUCUUAAAGGAGAAGAAUAAUAUCAGCUGA